GGACGGGCAGAGCAGAGCGCGGGCUGCCUCCAGCUCCAACCCACCACCAGACGAGCCGUCUAGCCGAGAGGAGGACGCGGCACCGCUCGGUAGCAGCCAGGGUUGUCGCGCUGAGCACUUGAGCGCAGUGGCCGCUUGUCUGUUGUCUCCCCGCUGCCACUCUCCCACUUCCCCGUCUCGCGCCCCCCCCUCGCCCGUCCGGCUGUCCCGGCGUCCCCUGCAGCUUGUGCUCUGGGUCGGAGGGAGCUGAGCUGCGAGGGAGCGCGGAGGGGAGGGUUUAGGAGAUGGAGCCAGAUUCGGCGAGGAAGAGGCUCGCAUUGCUGGCUCUGCUUCUCCUCCUGGCGGCGCCCGCCCGGCCGGCCUCGGCGGCUCCGGUGGAGGAUGGCCUGCUCAGCAAUGGCGACUUUGAGACAGCACCAGCCGGUGGUUUUGUAAAAUCUGCGUCUGUUGCUGAGGGUGCAUCGUCAAUCCCUGGUUGGACGAUCAAUGGCACGGUUGAGCUCAUUUCAGCAGGCCAGCACCAGGGUGGCAUGAUCCUGAUUGUUCCACAGGGGGACCAUGCUGUAAGGCUAGGGAAUGAUGCUAGUGUUGGUCAGGUGGUGGACGUUGAGAAGGGCUCGGAAUAUGCUAUCACAUUCAGCGCUGCCCGGACAUGUGCGCAACUGGAGUCACUGAAUGUUUCUGUGCUAGGUGGCAUAUCCCAGACAGUAGACUUGCAGACAUUGUACAACAUAGAAGGCUGGGACGCGUAUGCACUGGCUUUUCAGGCGACGGAAGAGCAGGCACAUCUUCAAUUCAUGAACCCUGGCAUGGAGGAUGAUCCAACUUGUGGUCCUAUCCUAGACAACGUUGCCGUCAAGAAGCUCUUCACUCCGGACAAACCGAAGGAUAACGUGGUGCUGAAUGGAGACUUUGAGGAGGGUCCAUGGAUGUUCCCGAACACGAGCUUUGGCGUGCUGCUCCCAACUAACCUUGACGAGCAGACAUCUGCCAUACCUGGUUGGAUGAUCGAGUCAAACCGCGCUGUCCGCUACAUUGACUCUGAUGAGUACAAGGUUCCCCAGGGGAAGCGUGCCAUUGAGCUUCUGUCAGGCAAGGAGGGUAUCAUCUCCCAGAUGGUUGAGACGACCCCUCAGAAGGUUUACAGCCUGACGUUCACACUGGGCACGGCAGGGGACUCGUGCCAACCACCAAUGGCCAUCAUGGCGUUCGCCGGGGAUCAGGCCCAGAACUUCCACUACUCCCCAAUAGGCAACGCCACCAGCCAGGCUGCGAAUGUGACGUUCACUGCACGUGCUGAGAGAACACGUGUGGCAUUCUACAGCGUGUACUACAACACGAGGAGUGACGACCACAGCUCUCUGUGUGGGCCGGUGAUCGACGAUGUCCGGGUAUGGGGCUUGAACGCAGCGGCUGGGUUGAAGGCAAGUAUUGGACUCGUUCUUGGCAUUGUUGGUCUCGCUGGCAUGGUGCUCUUCUGAAAUCUGAAUGCCUCAGUGCCUGUGGUCUUGGGAAGUAUGGAUGUAUAACUAUUCUGUUAGUUGGAGGUGGCUGCUAGUUUUGGUAGUAAGCUUGAAGUUUGCUGAGUGGUAUGAGCUUAGGCUAAAAAGCUACCAGAACCUACAUGUUAUUGCUUGUGUUACUUCAUUUGUGAUUUCCGAAGUAACUUGCAAUUAUAUGGGAUUGUAUGGUUUGUUUGCCCUAGCUAUAUGAGAUGUCAGAAUUGUUCUAAGUUCAUCUCUUCAAUAUAUUAGAAAAGAGUAAAGUACAACAGCAAUUGUUCUUA